CCGUCGUCGUCUCAAACACCCCACCCACCCUCAACGGGCACGCCAUCAAUGGAGGCGCCAACGACAAUGGCGCCAUGCUCGCCCACGACGCACCGCAGGGUGCGAUGAAGUUCACCAGUGGACUCAUCCUCCCCCCGCCCGAAGUCAAAUCCAUCAUCGACCGCACGGCGCUCUUCGUCGCGCGCUCCGCGAACCCGCCCCAGUUCGAAGACAAGAUCCGCGAGAACCAGCGUCAGGACCCCAAGUUCUCGUUCCUCAACCCGGCCGACCCUUAUCAUGCUUAUUACAGGCACCGCAUGGACAAGGUCGUGCAGGGCGAGCUCGACGAGGACGUCGAGGUGAAGGAGGCCAAGGGCGAGGAGAAGGCGGAGCCCGCGGUCGAGGCCGAUAUCGGCAAGGAGCCGCCGCCGCCGGAGUUCAUACUCGAGUUGCCGAACAUCAGCGCGAUUGACCUGGACAUCAUGAAGCUCACCGCGCUCUUCACCGCGCGGCGCGGGCGCGCGUUCCUCAACGCGCUUUCCAUGAGGGAGGGCCGGAACUACCAGUUCGACUUCCUCAAGCCGACGCACUCGCUCUUUGCGUACUUCAACCAGCUGAUCGAGCAGUACACCAGGGUGCUGCUCCCGAGCCAGGAGACGCUCGCGCAGCUCAAGGAGCGCGCGGAGGCGGGCGCCAAGUGGAAGAUGCUCGACGUCGCGCGGAAGCACGCCAAGUGGGAGCAGAAGAAGCGCGAGCAGGAGAAAAAGCGCGAGGACGAUAGGGAGGCUGAGCGAACCGCGUUCGCCGAGAUCGACUGGCACGACUAUGCCAUCGUGCAGACGAUCGAGUUUACCGCCGCAGAUGCCGCGUCCGAGCUUCCGCCGCCUAUGAGCGUGCAGGAAGUCGAAAACAUGACGUUGGCGCAAAAACGCAUGGCCGCGAUGGUCAUGGAGACGACCGCCGAGGACGUCGAGGCGCACCGCGCGCGCCAGGCUGCCGCCGAGGCCGAGGCCGCCGCGACCGCGACCGCGGAGGAGGACGCCAUGGCGGUGGAGGAGAGCGACGAGGAGGAUGCGGAGGUCGAGGAGCGGAGACGAAAGGACGAAGCGGAGAGGCAGAGGGAGCUGGAGAGAGCGCGGGCCAUCCAGGCCAACUCGCUGGAGGCCGGUGGCCCGAUGAAAAUCAGGACCGACUACGUCCCGAAGAUUGGCGCGAAGACCAAGGUCGCGAUGACCACGUGCACGAUCUGCGGGCAGCAGGUGCCGGUGAACGAGCUGCAGGAGCACAUGCGGAUCGAGCUGCUCGACCCGCGCUGGAAGUCCCAGCGCGACGCGCUCGAGGACCGCAAGGCGCAGGCGUCGGAGCUGCAGCGCGGCGCGAACGUCGUGUCGUCGCUCAAGAACCUCGCGCGCACGCGUGUGGACAUCUUCGGCGCCGAGGCGGACGAGGAGCGGCGCAAGCGCGACGAGGAGGAGGAGCGCGAGCGCCGGAAGGAGCGGGAGAAGGUCGUCUGGGACGGGCACACGGCGUCCAGGGCGAACACGCUCGACAGGUACUCGACCAACGUCAACUUCGACGAGCAGAUCGCGGCCAUCCAUCGCGCCAAGGGUCUCGGACCACAAGAAGCCAAUGCCAUCGGCCCCGGUAUCGGCCCUGCCGCUGCGCCGCCCCCGAUGAAUGCGCCGCCCCCUGCCGCACUCCCCAUCCCUGCGAAGCCCAUCGGCGCGUCGACCGUGCCCGCGACCGACUCGGCGUACUCCGCCGCCACAAUCUCGUCGGGCCCGCAGCCCGCGUCGCUCUACCCUCCGCAGCCGCCACCCGUCAUGCUCCCGCCGCUGCACUACCAGGGCCUCGACGCCGCACAGCCGUUCGGGUACCAGCCCCCGCCUCCCGGGCGCCCCGCCUUCAGCCCACCCGGCGCGGCGGGUACGCCCCCGGUCGUUGCGGGCGCCGGGAUGGUGCGGAGCGCGGACGAGAUGAUGGACGGCGCGCCUGGAGACGAUAUGCCCCCCGCGAAGAAGCAGCGGGUCGCGAAGCUGCCGGGGGGACAGAUGUACCCCGAGCAGGACUGGGUCAACAUGCACCCGCACCCGAUCUCGCUUCAGGUGCAGAUGCCGACGGACGCAGCGCGGCCGGAAUGGAAGCUCGACGGGGCGGUGGUCACGGUGCACGAGCUGCCGCUCACGCUCCUCGUGUCGACGCUGCGCGACCGCAUCCUCGCCGCGACGGGGAGCGCGGUGCCGGCGUCGCGCAUCCGGCUCGCGCAGGGCGGGAAGAUGCUCGCGAACUCGAACACGAUCGCGAGCUACAACCUGGAGGACGAGGACCUGCUGGUGCUGAGCGUGCGGGACCGCAGGUAGAUGGCGGAUUGCUACGCGGUUUCUCUUUUUUUGGUGGCGCUGGUGUUGUUGUUGUUGUUGUUGUUGGUGGUGGUGGUGGUGUUUGUAAGGUAUUGUUGCUGCUGUUUAUACUCAUUUCGUUAUCUGUCUGCGAUGGGAAAGCACCUCCGGGCGUUAUUGCCCUGGUGCCCACUGCGGCGUGACUGCAUGGAUAACACUCAGG